AUGGACGGCGCCAACUCGAAUAGCAAGGAGGCUGUGCGCCUCUGCGAGCACAUUGUCCGCGGCGCCUUUGGUGAUGUUGUUUGUCGCGUAGCCUCGACGUUGCUCAACCGUGGUCGGUCGAAUGCGGAGACGAUUGCCCGCCUCGCCGCUCUUCCUCGCCCAACCGCAAAUGCUUCUCUCUUGAUACUCAUCCAGCACAGUUUGGUUGGGUCCACGGGUGGGAGCCGGCGCAGCGUGCCCGAGGAGGAGCAGUAUGAGUUCGACACGGCCGAGUGUUUGUUGCGUCUGCGGUGGGGACGCAUUCUCGCGCUCACCGAGUCGAACUUUGGCGAAGAUGCCCUGAUGGUCGUGCGCCAGUUGCUUGUCUACGGCAAGAUGUCGUUCGUGCAGGUCGUGCACGCGUGCGGAGCGGAUGCGGACAAGAAGCGUGCAUUGGUGCUCAGGAAGAUUGUGGUGCAACUACUGCGACGAGGCUACCUGGAACCGUCGUCUGCCGAGCUCCUAAUCCUGCGAUCAGAUCAGAUCGACAGGAGGUACCGCGCCAAAUGGCUCGACAAGUCCGCGGCAACAGGGACGAAGCUACAUACGGCAGGUGCGCUCGCCGAGAUGAGGCAACAGGCCUCUUCGGAGAUCGACGACGAGCGCAAGGGGUACAGGGACCCCGCGAAGGCUCUCAAGGAGGUGAAAGGCAAAAAGAAGGAGCGCGAACGUAACCAGCCCGAGGACGACAUGUGGGACGUGAUCGAGGAUGUGCCACUCCGCGUCAACUAUGACAAGUACAACGUCCUCAUCCGCAACGAGAUGCUCAUCAAGGCGGCAGCCGACCGGUGGAAUGAGGCGGCGGGCGAGGUGCUGCGUGCGGCCCUCGUGGCGUCGUUGGACGAGCAGCACUUGACAAAGGAGAUUCGCACGGAGAAGGCGGUCGGCGUCAAUAACAUUGUCUCGAACUUGCCCACGUCCAAGCACAAGCUUCUGAUGGCUGGCAUGGCCGGCAGUGGGUCCAAGAACAUUCCCGAUAUUGUGCGGCUAUACCUCUCUGUCAUGAGCGGCGAUGACCUUGCGUCUGACAACACGUCGACGCGUUACCUCUCACACAGCGACCACUCGAACCCGUCGUACUGGGUUGAAGUCGAGGCGAUCUGCACGUCCCUAAAAGCGAGCUUGUUGACUGAGCUGGUGCGGGAACGCAUCGACGACAAGGCCGCUCGUGUGCUCGCUGUCGUGGCGCGCGCGCACUACGCGAGUGAAACGAUGGUGCGCGACUGUGCGAUGAUUCCUUUGCGUGAAGCGCGUCACAUCCUCUCGGAGCUGCAGAAGCUGUCCCUCAUCGACAUCCAGGAGGUGCCAAAGACCGCGGCCAAGGGCCGUAGCCAGUUCCCCGGCGCCGACUUCCAUCUAUGGGGUAUCGACCUGCGCAAGGCGUACGGUUUCCUUCUGUCAGGGGUAUACAAGACGAGUGCGAACAUUGUGCAGCGCCGGCAGAAGGAGUGGGAGAAGCGUGCUGCUCUUUUGGCCAAGAUCGACCGGCCAGACGUCCGGGGGAUGGACCCCCACCUGUACCUCAGCGCCAAGGACCAGGCCGACUACGCCGACCUCCAGAACGCUCUCACGAUGCUUUCGCUUGCUGAGGCACGGACAGACCAUGUGGUGAUGAUGCUGCGUGACCUCCCUGGCGGUAUUCCGACGAGGUAA